AUGCUAGAUACCCUUGAUUUACAAGACCAUACCUCGCCUUCUGCCAAAGACCACUCCAGACAACCCGCACACCCUUCGCCAUAUGGUUAUGGUCCCGCUGCUCCACAUCAAGCCCAGACUUUGAGACAUGCCGAGCAAGAGUCAUAUCAGGAUCAACAUAUAAGCCCGAGAGGCUCAGAAGACAGACCCAAUGGAGGGUUUCAACAGUCGGAUCAACAUUUCUAUGACGACCUAGACGACGACCGAGACGAUGAACAUCCAAACACCCACAAUGGGACGAAUGGCGCUGGAUACAAUGGGCAGGACCUGGACGAAGGGGAUGGUACUGAUUCCCAUGACGAGGACAUGGACGACGACUUGAUGGACAAAAUUUCGAGCUCCCCUUCAAUCGAAGAUGGUAAAUACUCCCUUCCCCCAUGGCCGCCCCGGGUCGAUUCUGUGGAUUCUGAAGCUUCCCCGGCUUCACUAUCGACGCCGACUCGAGGCGAUUCCUUAUCUUCAUCACCCUUCUCUUCUACACCUGAGCAUUUCCCUUUGCACUCUUCGCAAUCACACCACGCGGCAAGUCAUCAUGGUGAGUACAUGCAGAGUCCAGAUUCGGGCGGGGACUUUCUGAGUGAACGGCCGGAGUAUUGUACCAUCUCAUCGCCUAUGCUAGGACUAGGGUUGGCAACCCAGCAUCCCUACCUUCCGCUGUCCGAAUCUCAAGAAUUUCGGAGGUACUUGUUGCCGCUUGACGACCCUCUCUUGGCUUGCACGGUGGACGACUACGGCGACGACAUUCUGUACGACGAGGAUGACGAAUGGGAAGACGAAGACUCUUGCCUUCCCGGGCUCGAGGAAAGUUCUGAUGAUGACACCGAUGAAUUUCAAUUCUCCACCGACGAACGCUUCAUCGACUCUGGUUGGGGAGGAGAAUGCUUACGAGAAACAGAGGAUAUCGAUUUCGAGUUUGUGUAUGCUCUACACACUUUUGUCGCAACGGUUGAAGGUCAGGCCAACGCCACAAAGGGCGACACCAUGGUGUUGCUCGAUGAUAGCAACAGUUAUUGGUGGCUUGUUCGCGUCGUCAAAGACAGUAGCAUUGGCUACCUACCCGCCGAGCAUAUCGAAACACCGACUGAACGGCUAGCUCGACUCAACAAGCACAGAAAUGUGGAUUUGUCCGCGCAAAUGCUAGGGGAUAACCCCGAAAAAUCAAAGAAUCCACUGAAAAAGGCGAUGCGCCGACGGAAUGCUAAAACGGUCCAGUUCGCGCCUCCCACUUAUUACGAGCCGUCAGACUAUGAGUACUCGGACGAGGAGGAGGAUGGCGAGGACGGUCCAGUCGACCAGAUUGGACUGGAUUCUGAUGACGGUGACGCCGAAGAUCAACAAGAGGCUUCGGCGGCUUCUGUCGAGACCCAGGAAUCGCGAGAGUCCAAUGCAGCAAAUGGUAUUCAGCGCGUGACCAGCAAUGACAGCUUGAGAAAGGAAACAGCGUCGAGCCCCGUCAAGGGUCAACCAUCACAAUCUAUUUCAGAGCCGCGACAAAGCGACGAACUUGUCCAGCGCUCGAGGAAAGGGGUCGUCAGAAAUACCGACUCAUUCUUUAAGGACGAUACAGUCGAGACGAAGAAGAUCUCUCUAACACCCCGACUGCUACGAGGUGAUUCUGAUUCCGGUGGAUCAGCGGAACAGGAAGUUCGCCAACGUCCAAGCCUGGAGACUUUCGAUAAGAUUGUCGGCGUGGAUGACAAGUCGAAGGAGAAAAAGAAGGAGAAAAAGGGUAUGCUCAGUGGGCUCUUCAAGCGCAAGAAGGGCACACCACAGGAAGAGAGCGAAAAGGCUUUGGAAGAUCCUCGUCAGUCUCCUGGAUCGAAGGACUCUGUAGAGUCCUUGACCAUGAAGCCUGAAACUGGGCCUGAACGCAGGCCGAGCAAGUUGCAAAAGACGCCACCAGGACCAUCACCAAAGGCAUCACCUACUGAAGCACGCCCUCCACAACAAUCAACUGGACAAACCCCUCCAGCCCCGACAGGGCCGGCACCUGACCCGCCAACCGUACGCAGAGUUGAGCCCGAUGAGAAGUCGCCCGAGGCGUCGGACCAAUCUCAACAAGUACAGGUCAAUCGUUUCCCUUCACUUACCGAAAAGAGGACAGUGUAUUCACCCGUCACGACGGCUCUGAAGUCUACUCCGUCGAUGAGUCCAGACAGCGGAUCACCGGUCAAGCCGGUUUAUGCAAAGCGGUCAAUGGAUCGCUUUGCGAUCGAUGAAAGUGAUUCAGAAACAGAUGACAAGACUCCAAAGGUGGACGAGCGAGUCCACCAGAGUGUUUCUCCCGUUGCAGAGUCAGAGAUACAGCCGCCUCGAUCAGACUCUGCUGCCCAAGUCUCGGCAGCUUCGCCUAUUGUCUCCGGAAAGUUUGGGGACAGCAAAUUCCAAGCUCUGCCACCAGCAGUCUCCAGUUCGUCGCCACUUCCACAAGAGCUCAUCCAUUCAGAGUCAGAGGGGACUGCUAGCACUUCAAAGGCUUCCCCUUCGACUACAACACAUACCCCGUCAACUUCCAGGUCGACGCCGACGUGGUCAGAUGCCUCGUUGAGGUCAUACAUGGAAAACAGUCAGGACAUCAAAGACCUUCUGAUCAUUGUGCACGACAAAUCGAAUGUCACUCCGGUGGGCCCAGACCAUCCCUUGAUGCACAAUCUCUUCUUAGACGAGCGGACGAAGUUGGCUGAGAUGCAGUCACAGCUUGACACCAUGUUGAUGUCCUGGAUAUCGAAGAAGAACGGGGUCAUGGCGUCUCCAACUAUUUGA